GAGCCAAUCAGAGAGCGGCGCAGAGGGUACGUUAGGCUAAACUUUACCCAGGUGGAUUUUUCUCACUAAAUCACUCAAAGACUCUCAAAGAACCAGUAGAAAGCUGUUAGGAGUGCAGUAAUUAUGCUCAACAACUUGUACAGAGUUCUUUUUCGUCAUACGGUCCGUGGCAAGCCUUUUAGCGCUGACCACCGCUGCGGACAAAGUUGGUUCAGAUUCUACUCUUCCAGUGGAACAUUAUGUCAGAAGUCUGCCUUAAAAUACCAAUCCACACAUGUACCAGAGAUGCCCCCGUGUGAUUUUACCCCUGAAGAAUACAAGGGCAUGUCUAAAGAUCAAAUGAUGCAAAUUCGGCAACAAAACUGUAACCCCAUGACCAUGAAGGUUACUAGUUAUAAAAGGCCAGUGUUUAUCCAUCAAGGACACAUGCAGUGGCUGUGGGAUGUGGACGGAAAGCGAUACCUUGACCUGUUUGCUGGCGUGGCUACUGUCAGCGUUGGUCAUUGUCACCCACGGGUGACUGAAGCUGCUGUGAGGCAGCUGAAAAAGCUGUGGCACACCACAAACAUCUAUGUAUAUCCCCCUAUUCACGAGUAUUGUGAAAAACUAGCCUCUUAUCUUCCAGAUCCUCUCAAGGUUAUAUAUCUGACCAAUAGUGGGUCAGAAGCUAAUGAUCUUGCUAUGCUGAUGGCUCGACUCUAUACAGGCAACUUUGACAUAAUCACAUUUAGAAACUCAUACCAUGGUGGCAGUCCACAGACUAUGGGUUUGACCUCCAAUGCAGCUUAUAAAUAUCCUGUUCCCAGUGGUUUAGGCUGCACAAAUACAAUGUGUCCUGAUGUGUUCAGGGGUAUUUGGGGAGGGAGCCACUGCAGGGACUCACCUGUACAAACCAUCAGAGAGUGCAGCUGUCCACAAGGCUGCUGUGUGGCAAAUGAAAAUUACAUUGGUCAACUUAAAGACACUUUUGCUACUAGUGUUCCAAGUCAAAUUGCCGCUUUCUUUGCAGAGCCUAUUCAGGGUGUUGGAGGAGCAGUACAGUAUCCCAAAAACUACCUGAAGGAGGCUUACAAGCUAGUAAGAGAGAGAGGAGGCGUCUGCAUUGCAGAUGAGGUCCAGACUGGGUUUGGUCGCACAGGCAGCCAUUUCUGGGGUUUCCAAGGUCAUGGCGUGAUCCCUGAUAUAGUGACAAUGGCAAAGGGAAUUGGUAAUGGAUUUCCUAUGGGAGCUGUUGUAACAACACCAGAAAUCGCUGCAUCAUUUGCUAAGGCUGUCCACUUCAACACAUUUGGUGGAAAUCCUGUGGCUUGUACCGUUGCAUCGGCGGUGCUUGAUACAAUCACAACAGAAGGUAUACAGCAAAACAGCCUUGAAGUGGGGACCUAUCUGUUGACCCAGCUGGCUAAACUAAGAGACACAUAUGAGAUCAUUGGUGAUGUGCGGGGAAAAGGUCUUCAGAUUGGUGUAGAGAUGGUCAAAGACAAGACAAGUAGAGAGCCCUUGCCUGUCCAUGCAGUAGGUGAGAUAUUUGAAGACAUUAAGGACAUGGGAGUGCUGAUUGGGAAAGGAGGCCUUUUCGGGCAGACCUUCCGUAUCCAGCCGCCCAUGUGUAUUACACUGGAAGAUGCAGAUUUUUUCUUAGCUGUUUUUAACAAAGCCCUUUUUAAAUACAUGGAGAGGAGAUAAGUGCAAAGGUUUGCUCAGAGUGAAUUGCAUUUAAGGAAAAGUAUGAACGCAUAAUCAUUCCUUUUUGACAUAUUACUCUUUUGUCUGAUCAAAGUACUGAUAAUAGCACUGCUUUUUUGUAACCAUAGCAUGUUUUAAAUGAAUUUUGUCAGCUUAAGAAGGUAAGCUUAAGUAAUAUUUGUAUUUUAAACAUUUCUAUCUAACAAAAGUAUUGUUUGAAAGCACUUUUGGGCAUGAAUUGUUUUAAAGCAAUUACGCACCAGAUAUUUAAACUUUGUUCUUUGUUAAUUAAAAUUAUUCUCACAGUUUAAUCCUGUUUGCACUUUUAAUGUGAAAAUGUACAACAGUAAAUGUGUAAUUUUCACCUUUGAAAAAAUUAAAGUGUGAAUAAAAGUCAAAGUGGAAAUGUGUUUUCCAAUAUGAACUCAAACUGAAAUGCUAAUCUUACCUUUUACAACAAAUUAUGUUUAUCAAUUUGUACGGCACCUGUGUUUUGUGGCUUCUAACUAAAUGUUAUAGGAAAAUACAAGCAGAAAUACAACAAAGAACAGAACACAUGAUCACCAAAUCUCACCAGGCUUUGACUGAUGCACAGGCACUCGUGUGAAAUGAAUGGUCCACGUUUGAGAUUUACAUUUAAAGUUUAAAAAUGUGUGAUCCAAACUUAUUAUAUAUAAUGUUGAUUAAUAAUACGAUGAGUGUGUUAAUUUAAUAUUGUAUAAAUGUAGGCCCGUUUCACUUCAAGUGGGAACAAAAAUAAU